AUGGUCGGCUCUAAAGACCUUCCACCCUCAAGCCUCUCUUUUGGACGAGUUUUCUACAACAAUCAAUUCUGCGCGAAGCCACAAUGGCCAACACCAGGAACCAGUCUCUCCGGCAAGACAGCGGUCAUCACGGGCGGUAAUACGGGCUUAGGCUAUGAAGCCGCCCUUCAACUGCUGGAUCUCAAAUUGUCCCGUCUGUUCCUAGCUGUGCGCUUACUCGAGCGUGGUGAAGAAGCCGCCGAGAAGCUUCGUCGGCGCUAUCCAGCCGCAAUCGUCAACGUCUGGGUACUUGACAUGUGCUCCUACAAGUCAGUCCAAGAUUUCGUGCGCCGCAUUGACACCGAGUUGGAUCAUAUCGUCAUCGCCCUUCUCAAUGCCGGCGUGUUACGGAUGGACUUUACUAAAGUCCCCGACACCGUUUCUACCGUGCUCCUCGCCACGCUCCUUCUUCCUGUCUUGAAGGCCAAACGGCAGAAAAGCAGCGGCCCUACACGUCUUACAAUCGUAAAUGCCGCUCUAACAUUAGCGGCUACGUUUCCCAAUAGAGAUGCCCAUCCUCUCCUCCCAUCCUUUGAUGAUCCCGAGGUCUUUGCCAAACACAGCCGGGAGACAUACAAUACGUCAAAGCUGCUCGCUCACAUGUUUCUCUGGAAACUGGUCGACAAAGUCUCUGCCGACGACGUCAUUAUCAACCUUGCGGAUCCGGCGUGGUGCAAAGGCACAAACUUGGCCCGCGAUGCUCAGGGGAUCAUGAAGUUGGGAGUUGCCGUGUUUGGGGCGACAACUGGAAGGACUCCUCGAGUCGGGGCCUCGUGCUUUGUCGACGCCAUUGUGAACAAAGGCACAGAGUCUCAUGGAUGCUUCCUUAUGAGCUGGAAGAUUCAUCCUUUUGCUGCAUUUCUCUAUACCCCUGAGGGCAGCGCGGUUAUCCCAUCGACACUCGAUGGGAUAGAUCGUCUUUGGGAAGAGACACUAGAAGAGCUGGACUUUGCGGGCAUUCGAUCCAUGUUGAAAUCGUUGUAG